UCUACUGCCGCGGUUGAUAACAGUCUACAAAAUAUCUUCUGUACCGAUAGCUUUCUAUAAUUAACCGACCAACGUGUAGCUAUAGAAAGUGCAACUGGAGUGAAGUAUUGUUAAGACUCAUGCACGGCGUCAACCAAUAGCCUAAAACUACUAUUCGCUGACUACGGAAAAUUUCUACGUAUCGUGAAAGUAACAACAACAGAAACUGACACGUGUAUUUAAUUUUUCAUUGGUAUCGUUUACCGCCUUUAGCACAUUCAAUUUAGAAUAAUUCAUAUUUUUCAAGUUACUGCUUCACAAAUAAUUCAAUGGCUGAUAAAAAUCGACUUUUAACUGCUUCUCAUAUUGUUGCUAAGAUAGCAUCCAUUGAAAUUAAAGAAACACCAUCUACAGUUUCUUUGAAUGGAGUGCCAGUACCAAAUAAUUAUACUGAUGUAGAUCUAACAAGAUUUAUUGCCAGACUAAUCUCAAGUGAUCAAAGUUCUAUUAAGAAUGGUAAAAAUAUUUCUCAUAAUCUUUAUGGCAAAGACAUAGAAGAACAAUUGUUAGUUGAUAGUUGGCUAAGUUUUGCGGCUGAAAGUGGAGAAAAAGAUCAAAAUGUUAAACUUGAGCACCUAGAGAAAAGCUUGACAGCAUCAACUUCAAAAUAUUUAGUUGGUUUAGGUUUAACAAUAGCAGACAUAUUUGUCUUUUGUUGGCUUGAAAAAUCAAAUAGAAAAACAGUGAAUUUUUCAAAAAAGUUUUCUCAUAUUCAAAAAUGGUCACAAUUUAUUUCUUCUUUACCAUAUUUUAAAAACACUGAUAUAAAAAAUGUUGAAUCAAAAAAACCAAGUUCUGACUCUAAAGAACAGGGAAAGUUUGUUGAACUUCCAGGUGCAGAAAUGGGAAAAGUUGUUGUUAGGUUUCCACCUGAGGCAAGUGGUUAUUUACACAUUGGUCACGCAAAAGCAGCUCUUCUUAAUCAAUAUUAUCAAGAACAAUUUAAAGGACGUUUAAUAAUGAGAUUUGAUGAUACUAAUCCAGCUAAGGAAAAAGAAGAUUAUGAAAAAGUAAUACUAGAAGAUGUUAAGAUGCUUGAAAUUAAACCUGAUAUGUUUUCAUAUACUUCUAAUUAUUUUGAUAAAAUGCUUAGUUUAUGUGAAAACAUGAUCAAUAAAGGUUUGGCAUAUGUUGAUGAUACUGAUGGUGAAACUAUGAAACAAGAACGUGAAAAACGUAUUGAAUCUAAAAACCGGAAAAAUUCUGUUGAAAAAAAUUUAAAGCUUUGGAAUGAAAUGAAAAAUGGGACAUGUAUUGGACUUAAAUGUUGUGUGAGAGCUAAAAUUGAUAUGUCAUUAGAUAAUGGUUGUAUGCGUGAUCCAGCCAUAUAUCGUUGUAAACCGGAAACUCAUCCACGUACUGGAAAUAAAUACAAAGUCUAUCCAACUUAUGAUUUUGCUUGUCCAAUAGUGGAUAGUUUAGAAGGUGUAACACAUGCUUUACGCACAACAGAAUAUGCCGAUAGAGAUCAACAAUAUUAUUGGUUUUGUGAUGCUUUACAGUUACAACCCCGUCCAUAUGUUUGGUCUUACAGUAGAUUAAAUAUGACAAAUACUGUUUUAUCUAAACGAAAAUUAACUUGGUUUGUUGAUGAAGGCUUUGUUGAUGGCUGGGAUGAUCCUAGAAUGCCCACUGUAAGAGGUGUUUUGAGGCGAGGAAUGCAAGUAGAAGCACUUCGUCAAUUUAUAAUUGCUCAAGGUUCAUCUCGUACAGUUGUAACAAUGGAAUGGGAUAAAAUUUGGUCAAUUAAUAAACGUAUUGUAGAUCCUAUUGCUCCACGGCAUACUACAAUAGAAUCAAAUAACUAUGUACCUGUACAUGUAGAGAAUAUUAAAGAACCAUAUGUUAUCAAUAAUGUUGCAAGACAUCCAAAAAAUCCUGAUUUAGGUACAAAGGACGUUUGGGUUACUCCAACUUUGUUAAUAGAUUAUGCAGAUGCUGAAUGCUUACUAAAUAGUGGGGAAGGAGUAAAAGUCACAUUUAUUAAUUGGGGAAAUGUUAUAGUAACAAAAUUUGAAAGAGAUAAUAAUGGAAAAAUUCUAUCUAUUAGAAUAAAAACUGUGUUAGAAGAUACUGAUUAUAAAAAAACUACCAAAAUCACAUGGCUACAUAAAUUUGAUAAUCUAUUGUCUAUUUCAUAUCCUAAUUUACCAGAAUUAAUUUCAUGUUAUUGUGUAUAUUUUGAACACUUGAUAAGCAAGCCUGUGUUAGGUAAAGAUGAAGAUUUUAAACAAUAUGUGAGUGAUUUAAAUCAAUCCACUUGUAAGACACGCUGGGAAGUUCCCAUGUUAGGUGAUCCAGAGUUACGAAAUGUGAAAAAAGGUGAUGUCAUACAACUACAACGUCGCCCUGGAUACUUCAUAUGCGAUUCUCCCUAUCAACCCUUAAGCAUUCACACUGGUAAAGAAUCUCCCAUAAUAUUAUUCUCAGUACCCGAUGGACAUACAAAACCAGCACCUACAGGAAUUAGUAAACCAGCUACAAUGGAAAAUCAAGUAACCUCAUCUUCUAGUAUUUGUUCCAAUCAAGAAUCACAGCUUCAUUCUCGUGUGACUGAACAAGGAGAUAUAGUAAGGCAAUUGAAAUCAUCAGGAGCCAGUAAAGAUGCAGUUUCAGAAGCCGUCAAGGUACUGUUAGCACUAAAAACUGAAUAUAAACAAGCCACAGGAAAAGAUUAUCAGCCAACUCCUACUACUUCUCAAAACAAAUCUGCUCCAGUUUCACAAAGUAAUGAUUCUAAUCAAGAAUCACAGCUUCAUUCUCGUGUAACUGAACAAGGAGAUAAAGUAAGGCAAUUGAAGUCAUCAGGAGCCAGUAAAGAUGCAGUUUCAGAAGCUGUUAAAGAGUUAUUAGCAUUAAAAACUGAGUAUAAACAAGUUACUGGAAAAGAAUACCAAGCUGAUUCUCAAAAAAAUCAACCAACCCCUACACCAUCUGUACAAAAAAAAACAGAAAAAAAAAAGAAACCUGAUCCUGCACCAGCACCUGCAACUCCUAAAGAAUCUGGAGUAAAAAAAGUUACUCGGUUAGGAUUGGAAGCAAAAAAAUUAGAGAACUUACCUGACUGGUAUUCUCAAGUAUUAACUAAAGGAGAAAUGAUAGAAUACUAUGACGUUAGUGGUUGUUAUGUAUUGAGACCUUGGGCUUAUGGAAUUUGGGAACAUAUUCAACAAUGGUUUGAUAUUACAAUAAAAAAAAAAUUAGGGGUUCAAAACUGUUACUUUCCAAUAUUCGUGUCAAAAACUGUUUUAGAAAAAGAAAAAGCUCAUAUUGAAGAUUUUGCUCCAGAGGUUGCAUGGGUUACAAAAUCUGGAGAUACGGAGUUACAAGAACAUAUUGCAAUAAGACCUACUAGCGAAACCGUCAUGUAUCCAGCCUUUUCCAAGUGGAUUAAAUCUUACAGAGAUCUACCUCUUAUGCUUAAUCAGUGGAACAAUGUAGUUCGUUGGGAGUUUAAACAUCCUCAACCGUUUUUGAGGACGCGAGAAUUUUUAUGGCAAGAAGGUCAUCAUGCAUAUGCAACCCGAGAUGAGGCAGAACGAGAUGUUCAUAAGGUUUUAGAUUUCUAUAGACAAGUGUAUGAAGAUUUACUUGCUGUUCCUGUAGUACCCGGUAGGAAAACUGAAAAAGAAAAGUUUGCCGGAGGUGAUUUUACAACCACUGUCGAGGCUUAUGUUCCUGCGAGUGGACGAGGAAUUCAAGCAGCUACCUCUCAUUAUUUGGGAACUAAUUUUGCACGUAUGUUCGAUGUACAAUACGAACAUCCAGAUACUCAUCAAAUUGAAUUUGUUCAUCAAAUUUCAUAUGGUUUGACAACGCGUUCUAUUGGUGUUAUGGUUAUGGUACACGGUGACGACCGUGGCCUUUGCCUACCUCCUAAAGUCUCUACCAUUCAAGUCAUCAUAGUGCCGUGUGGAGUUGGAGUUAGUACAGAAUUGAACAUUAAAAAUAAUCUUUACAGUUUAUGUGAAAAAGUUAAAAAUGUACUUAUUGGCGAAGAAGAAGAUGUAUAUUCUCCAAAAAGUAUACGAGCUGAAACUGAUUUCAGAGAUAAUUAUUCACCUGGAUGGAAAUUUAACCAUUGGGAAUUAAAGGGAGUUCCUCUUAGAAUUGAAAUUGGUCCUAAAGACAUGGAAGCUGGCCGUGUAAUGGCUAUUCGCAGAGAUAACAGCGAGAAAAUAGAAAUUUCUCUAGGAAAAGGAGCUACUUUAGAUCAAUCCUUCCAAAGCAAGGUUCGAGAUAUUUUAAAUGCUAUUCAAACCUCAAUGUUUGAAAAAGCUAAGGCAGAAUUAAAUACCAAGAAAGUUAUUUGCAAAGACUGGUCGAAAUUCUGUCCCUUGUUAGACAGCAAACAUAUUCUUUUAGUUCCAUUCUGUGGCCGCCCGUCUUGUGAAGAUAGCAUUAAAAAGGAUAGUACUCGUGAUACCACUGAAGAACAGACUACGGAAAAUUCUCAAGAGCAAAGUACAGCCACUAUGGGGGCUAAAAGUUUGUGCAUACCAUAUCAACAACCAGAAGAACCAGAAAAUAAAAUAAAUCCCAAUACCAAAUGCAUACAUCCUCAGUGUGGCCAACCAGCCGUAGCGUUUACAUUGUUUGGUCGAAGUUAUUGAAACUUUGUUAUUAAAAUUUACCGAUUAUAAUAACCGAAAUUCUUCAAUGUAUUAUCGAGAUAUAAGUUUAAACGACAAUAAUAGAAUUACAAUCUUAAUUGUUUAAAUUUCCAAUGGAAAUUCGUUUAUUGUCUCUUAAUUAGUUUUACUUACUCUAAACGCAUGGACACCGCGAUGUUUUAACUUAUUCCUUAGAUAAUUUACUUAAAACUUAAUUUAUGUUACAUAUUUUAUAUAAUAUAUUUA